AUGGUGCCCAAAGCGGACAGCGGCACCUUCCUCCUCCUCUUCCUCCUGGUGCUGAGCAUCACCGAGCCGCUGCGGCCAGGUUCACGACUAGCUCUGGCAAGACUUCUUUCAGAGCUCCGCUGUACCCCAGGGCAGUUUGCAUGUCGCAGUGGUACCAUCCAAUGCAUCCCUUUGAACUGGCAGUGUGAUGGAUGGCCCACCUGUGAGGAUGAGAGUGAUGAAGUUGACUGUCCAGGCUUGACAGGGGACCAACGAUCUUAUCAUGGGAAAGAAAACGUGGACUCCAGGUACAAUCGAGGAAGAGGAGGAGACACAACCCGCUUUCACACUGUCAAUGUGGCACAGCCUGUCCGGUUUAGCAGAAAGUGCCCAACAGGAUGGCAUCACUAUGAGGGCACAGCCAGUUGUUACAGGGUGUAUUUAAAUGGAGAGAACUACUGGGAUGCUGUGCAGACAUGUCAGAGGGUGAAUGGAUCGUUGGCCACUUUUACCACAGAUCAGGAGCUCAGGUUCAUCCUGGCACAGGAGUGGGACCUAGAAGAGAGAGCCUUUGGAAGGAAGGACCAACGUAGGUUCUGGGUUGGAUAUCAGUAUGUCAUAACCAACCGAAAUCGUUCUCUAGAAGGUCACUGGGAGGUGGCUUAUAAAGGUUCCUCAGAAGUAUUCUUGCCUCCGGAUCCUAUCUUUGGUACGGCUAUGUCUGAAAAUGAAAACGUUCUUUGUGCCCAGCUUCAGUGUUUCCAUUUACCCACCCUUCGGCACCAUGGUUUACACAGCUGGUACGCUGAAAACUGUUAUGAGAAAUCUUCGUUCCUCUGCAAAAGGAGCCAGACCUGUGUUGAUAUCAAAGACAACAUUGUUGAUGAAGGCUACUAUUUCACCCCAAAAGGGGAUGACCCCUGUUUGAGCUGUACCUGUCACAAUGGGGAACCAGAGAUGUGUGUGGCAGCCCUGUGUGAACGGCCCCAGGGUUGUCAGCAGUAUCGCAAAGACCCAAAGGAGUGUUGCAAAUUUACAUGUUUAGACCCAGAUGGCAACAGUUUAUUUGACUCGAUGGCAAGUGGAAUGCGGCUGAUAGUAAGCUGCAUUUCCUCCUUCCUUAUCUUAUCUCUGCUGCUCUUCAUGGUCCACCGGCUGCGCCAGAGACGCAGAGAGCGCAUUGAGUCUUUGAUUGGAGUAAAUUUGCACCAUUUUAACUUGGGCCGCAGGAUGCCUGGUUUUGAUUAUGGUCCAGAUGGUUUCGGAACUGGCCUUACUCCGCUGCAUCUUUCAGAUGAUGGGGAAGGCGGGGCAUUUCAUUUCCAUGACCCCCCACCACCCUAUACAGCUUACAAAUAUCCUGAUAUUCAGCAUCCUGAUGACCCGCCUCCUCCCUAUGAGGCGUCCAUCAAUCCAGACAGUAUCCUUUGUUCUACUCCAGAUGGCGUUCUCUCCCAGACAGUGCAGAGCAGUCAACCAUCACUAGGAAACAGUGAUUUAUCACCACAGCUUACUGAGGAAUCUCAUCCUCCCUCAGUUGGCCCUUCUUCCGUGGAACUAGAAGAUUCUGCAGAUAGUAGCACCUUCCUUGUACCUCCCGACACGCCCCUCAGCGAAAACACACCGGCAGACACUCUUGCAGGAAGCCGCCACAGUCACUGUUCUCUUAACACCAUUGUAUAAAGGAUAAAAUGCUUACUGCUGGCAGAAAUAAUAUGAGCAACUGUUUGCACACAGGUGUACAAGCAAACACUAAUCCAUGGGGUGAACUUCAGAAGGAAGCUCCACUUUGAUUUUGAGCACCCUGCUUUUAUGUUCUAGUAUAGGACUGUGCCUCUUGUUUUUGGCUGUCAUUCAUUCACUAAUUAGUUUGUCCUGUAAAUACGGAUUGUGGAACCUGUACUUUUUUUCCACUGGCUAUGGGAAAGAAGGUGCAGAGAAUUUUCUUUGACUUCUUCUAAAGAGGAAAAAGCAUGGGUAGCUUUUUUCUUUUUUAAACACAGAGCAGAAACAAAAAAAAAUCGACAUCAGAAAAAAGCUUGUUUUGAAUUUGAAUACCGUGGGACCCAGGAAGUGGACACUGACAAGAAAAGAGGAGAAGGGGCAGUCGCCAUGUAAUCUGUUGUUGUCUCUUGUGCUCCAGUGCUACACUCAUGGAAAAACUGGAGGAUGAAAAGGAUCAGCAUAACGUUUGAUUUCUUCUGCUUUCUGUGGAAAUGGGUAUUGAGCAAAACAAAACUGGGAUUUGCAGUUGCAACUUAUUUAUUUCUCUGUAGCUGCAAAUCUUGUACUGAGAGGUAAACUUCUGAUUCAUAAACAAGGAUGUGUCUAUAAUACUGGCAUCUCUUUAGUAGAGGCACAGCACAUGUUAGGUAGUGCUUUGGGGAAGAGAUGGGAAGGGAUUAACUCCCUAAUUGAUACUUCAGUCAUUUGAGAUUUGUUCCAUUGUGUUAAACCUUUAAAUCAUCCCUUUCCAUUAAAUCUAGCUUCAUUUAAAUUAGCAAAACUAACUUGUGUACUACAACAUGAGGCUCUUGUCAAUCACUCACUAAACUUAACUUUCAAAUUAGGCAAAGAUGGAUUCUAUUGGCUUGGAUUUUAUGAAUAUUGAAUACUUUUUUUAGUUUUAGUGUUCUCAAAAUGAAGUGGGAUUUUAAUGUACACGGGAUUUCCUUUCUCUUCUACCCCAUCUUUCUUGCAUCUGAUUCUCCCUGACUUUCUGUAGCAGUCCCCACAGUCAGAGCAGAUCAAGUUAGUCAUAUAAGGAAUUUGUACUGAACACUUCUCAUGAGUGUUGUCCUGUUGCCUUAUGAAAGGUAGCAAGCCUAGAGGGACAGGAAGAAAGCACUGCAUGGGAAGGGUAUUGUGCUGUUUUGGUUAAUUUUGCUAGUUACAGAGAAAUGGUACAGGAUUGAUUAAUGGGAUCCUAUCCCAGCAAUGUGCUUUCCCAGCGUAGCUGACCUUCCCCCC